AUGGUGCAGGAGUUCACGCAGGGGGGGCAGGCGGAGGCGGCCCGCUGCGGCACCCGGGCGGCCCUCGAGCGCGCCGGGUGCCCCCCCGGCGCCGUGGUGGAGCCGCGGGGCCGCGUGCGGGUGCUGCAGGACGUGGUGCUCGGCGACGGCGGGGGUGCCCAGCUCGGCCCCCGCUCCCUGCGGGUCUCCCUGCGGCCCGGCGAGGAGCGGAGCUUCCAGGUGCGCUUCCGGCGGGCCCGCGGCCACCCCGUGGACCUCUACUACCUCAUGGACCUCUCCUACUCCAUGAAGGACGACCUGGAGAACGUGCGCAAGCUGGGCAGCGACCUGCUGGCCGCCCUGCGCAACGUCACCUCCUCCGUCCGCAUCGGCUUCGGCUCCUUCGUGGACAAGACGGUGCUGCCCUACGUGAGCACGGUGCCCUCGAAGCUGCGCAACCCCUGCCCCGCGCGGCACGAGCGCUGCGCGCCGCCGGCCGCCUUCCGCCACGUGCUCUCGCUCACCGCCGACGCCAGCGAGUUCGCCAGCCGCGUGAGCCAGCAGCGCAUCUCGGGCAACCUCGACUCGCCCGAGGGCGGCUUCGACGCCAUCAUGCAGGUGGCCCUGUGCGAGCCCAGCAAGCGAGCGCUCGCGCGUGCGCGGCGGGGGAGGGGGGCGGGGGGAGGAGGAGGAAGGCCGGGCCCGGGUGCACACGCGCGUGCCCCCCGCCGCGCGCAGGAGCAGAUCGGCUGGCGCCCGGUGACCCGGCUGCUGGUCUUCGCCUCGGACGACACCUUCCACACGGCGGGCGACGGCAAGCUGGGCGGCAUCGUCGCGCCCAGCGACAGCCGCUGCCACCUCGACGCCAGCGGCGUCUACAGCAAGAGCCACCUCUAUGUAAGAGCCGGGGAGGGGGGGGCUGGGGAGGGGGGGGGCGCAGCCCGGACGCCUGGGCCCCCCCUCCCUGCACCCCCCACCCCGUUGCAGGACUACCCCUCGGUGGGGCACUUGGCGCAGGUGCUCUCGGCCGCCAACAUCCAGCCCAUCUUCGCCGUGACGGGCCCCACGGUGCCCGUGUAUCAGGAGCUGAGCCGCCUCAUCCCCAAGUCGGUGGUGGGGGAGCUGCGGGAGGACUCCAGCAACGUGGUGCAGCUCAUCUCCGACGCCUACGACAGCCUCUCGUCCACGGUGGAGCUGCAGCACUCGCCGCUGCCGCCCGGCGUGAGCCUCGGCUACGAGCCGCACUGCGGGGGCCCCCCCGGGCCCCCCCGGCCCCACGGCGGCGUCUGCUCCGGCGUCCGCGUCGGCCAGCAGGUGAACUUCACGGUGCGGGUGCGGGCGGGCGGGUGCCUGGCGGCGCCGCAGGCCGUGGUGCUGCGGGUGCUGGGCUUCGCCGAGGAGCUGCGGCUGGAGCUGCGCAGCCUCUGCGGGUGCCCCUGCGCCCCGGCACCCACCCCGGCGCCCCUCUGCCACGGCGGCACCCUCGAGUGCGGCGUCUGCAGGUGCCCGGCGGGGCAGCAGGGCCGGCGCUGCGAGUGCGAGGGGCCGGCGGCGGGGGGCGACUGCCGGCCCCCCAACGGCACGGGCCCCCCCUGCGGCGGCCGGGGCCGCUGCGUGUGCGGGCGCUGCCAGUGCCCCCCCGGCCUGAGCGGCCCCCAGUGCCAGUGCGACAGCAGCGCCUGCGAGCGCCACGACGGCCUGCCCUGCGGAGGCCCGCGGCGGGGCGAGUGCGUGUGCGGGCGCUGCCGGUGCCGCGCCGGGUUCGCGGGCAGCGCCUGCGGCUGCGGGCUGGAGCCCGGCGCCUGCCUGCGCGGGCGGCCGCGAACCCCCUGCCAGCGGCACCGGUGA